UCCAAACAUAAACGUGAACAGCUGGCUGGUCAUUGAACAAUGUUGUGUAACGUAGCGAUUGAAUAAGCAGCAUUGACAUCAGAAGACACACCACUGAACUUUGGUUUCCCGAAAUAAAUGAUUUGAAAGCUUUCCAGGGUUUGCCAGCAUCUCACCAUGGCAACGGAGGCUGACGGACAGCAGGGUCACCUGGCGAUGCCCAACCAGGAGGAGGCGGAGGAGGAGGAUGGCAGCGGUCAGCGGUCCAAUCCGCCAGAUGGGGCGGGGGAGGGCAACAGGAGAGGCCCUCUGGUUCAGAUUGACAGGCAGCAGAUCGAAUCAGUGGCAGCGAGUGCUCAGGGGGAGGAGCUUGAGGGCCUGGGCGUGGCCGUGUACGACCAGGAAGUGCUGGAGCAGGGGGUCAUGCAGCAGGUGGACCGCGCCAUUCAGCAGGCCAGUCAGGAGGCGGAGCGGGCCGACGCUCAGAAGGAGUAUGAGGCCGUGCUAGAUGAUGUCAGGUCCUGUGUGUCUGCCCUGAAGCAAAUUAAUAAGAUCCUAGAGCAGCUAACGCCUCACGCCGCCUCCAGCAAGGACAUCAGCCGCAAGAUGGAGUCAGUCCGCAGACAGAAGGAGAACAAGGAGAAGCAGUUGAAGAAGAUUCGUGCCAAACAGAAGCGUCUGCAGGCAGUGCUGGGGGGAGAGGAUGCCCAGAGACUGGAGGACCAGAUGUCCGAGGCAGAGGAGGAGCCUGGCCCGUCCACCCUGGGCAGCAUGCUGAUGCCGGCUCAGCAAUCGGACUGGGAGGAGCUUAUCCGUCAUGGGCACAUGACCGGUCCCGGCUCCUUGCCUCCUAGGCAACCCGGCCAGCCCGCCAAGCUCAUGCUGAGUGACGGUGGCGGCUUCGAGCUCUACCUCAGUGAGCAGGCGGAACUCGCCCAGAGCCGCAAGAAGAAGAAGCCGCCACUCACCAAGAACCAAUCCCCUGGUGGCAAUAAGUCCCGCCCCCCAGCAGCGGCGGACAGUCGUAAGCUGCAGAAGCGCAUGCGGCAACUCCAGCGGACAGCGCUCAGGGCACACCCUCAGGCGCGGGGCAGUGGGGAGAGGGCGCCUCCUGGUGGCCGGAGACGUCAACAGCCCAGUGCGGCUCCCGGACAGCCCGAGGGGGUGGGACAGCGAAAGGAGGCCCCCAGCGAGGAGCUGAUGAAGGCUCGGACAAAGACAAGGAUCGUCGACAAAGAAACAAAAAAUAUCCGGAAAAAUCGGCCAGAUCCGGAAAAAGAAAUGUCGCAUCACAUCAACUUCUACAGACAGAGAAUCAGGCGCUGGAAGAGAGAGAGGCUGCUGGAGAAGGACAGGAAGAGAGAGGCAGGGGAGGAGGAGUCGGAUGACAGUGAUGCGGAGUUUGAUGAAGGAUUCAAGAUGCCCGGCUUCCUCUGGAAGAAGCUCUUCAAGUACCAGCAGACAGGUGUGCGUUGGCUGUGGGAGCUGCACAGCCAGCAGGCGGGGGGGAUUCUGGGAGAUGAGAUGGGUCUGGGCAAAACCAUCCAGGUCAUCGCCUUCCUCGCCGCUCUCAGCUACAGCAAGCUCCGCACACGCGGCUCAGGCUACCGGUACGCAGGCCUGGGUCCCACGGUGAUCGUGUGUCCGGCCACAGUGAUGCAUCAGUGGGUGAAGGAGUUCCACACCUGGUGGCCUCCAUUCAGAGUGGCGGUGCUGCACGAGACGGGGUCUUUCACCAGCAAGAAGGAGAAGCUGAUCCCUGAGAUUGUGUCGAGUCACGGCGUGCUGAUCACGUCCUACUCCAACGUGCGCAUCAUGCAGGAGGCUCUUCAGCGCCACGACUGGCACUACGUUGUCCUGGACGAGGGACACAAGAUACGCAACCCCAACGCCCACGUCACCACCGCAUGCAAACAGUUCCGGACGCCUCACCGUAUCAUCCUGUCCGGCUCUCCGAUGCAGAACAACCUGAAGGAGCUCUGGUCACUCUUCGACUUUGUGUUUCCAGGGAAACUGGGCACUCUUCCCACGUUCAUGGAGCAGUUCUCAGUGCCCAUCACCAUGGGGGGCUAUUCCAACGCCUCACCUGUACAGGUCCAGACGGCGUACAAGUGUGCAUGUGUGUUAAGGGACUCCAUAAAUCCCUACCUUCUACGUCGAAUGAAGGCAGACGUGAAGGCCAAUCUCUCACUGCCUGACAAAAAUGAACAGGUGCUGUUCUGCAGGCUGACAGAGGACCAGCGGGAGGUCUAUCAAGGCUUCCUGGACUCCAAGGAGGUCUACCAGAUCCUCAACGGAGACAUGCAGGUGUUUUCUGGGCUGAUCGCGCUGCGUAAGAUCUGUAAUCACCCGGACCUGUUCUCUGGGGGUCCGCGCCUACUGCGGGGUGUGUGCGAGGAGGAGCUGACUCCAGAGGAGCGCUUCGGCUACUGGAGGCGCUCAGGCAAGCUGGUGGUGGUGGAGUCUCUGCUGCGCAUCUGGAGCAAACAGGGACACCGAGUGCUGCUCUUCACCCAGUCCAGACAGAUGCUGCAUAUUCUGGAGGUGUUUGUGCGUGAGAAGAACUACACGUUCCUGAAGAUGGACGGAACAACCACUGUGGCCUCACGCCAACCUCUCAUCGCCAAGUUCAACGAGGACAAGUCCAUCUUUGUGUUCCUGCUGACGACCAGGGUGGGGGGUCUGGGGGUCAACCUGACGGGAGCCAACCGGGUCAUCAUCUACGACCCCGACUGGAACCCCAGCACAGACAUGCAGGCUCGUGAGCGUGCGUGGCGUAUAGGACAGACACAGCAGGUUACUGUGUACAGACUGCUCACUGCCGGAACCAUAGAGGAGAAGAUAUACCACAGGCAGAUCUUUAAGCAGUUCCUGACCAACCGCGUUCUGAAGGACCCAAAGCAGCGACGCUUCUUCAAGUCCAACGACAUCUACGAGCUGUUCACCCUCAGCAACCCGGACGGAGCCACUGGGACAGAGACCAGCGCCAUCUUUGCAGGCACUGGCUCAGACAUCCAGGCUCCCAAAAGACCAAAGGUCCCGCCCCCUUCCUCCUCGCGGACGCCGAAGUCUACCUCAUCCUCCGCCUUCUGUGUCCAUGACGACGACGCUCCUCCCUCCUUCUCCCCCUCUGCCGCCGGCCGGCAGGGCAACCAGAACGCCAACAUUCCCAACGGAGCGCCCGGCACCACUGACACGUCCAACGGAGCGACCGGCAGCAGUCCGGUCACCCUGCGGAACCCCAAGGGGUCAAUGGGCGGGUCAGAACAGAGUGACCUCACUGGCUCCGCCCAGAAGCGCCGCGAGAAACGGAAACACUGCCAACAGCAGGGGGCGCCGGACACACUCGGGGGGCAGCAGGAGGAGGAGGACAAACACAAACGUAAACAUAAACACAAACACAAGCCGAGCAGGAGGACCAUCAUGUGUCAGAACGAGGAACAGGACGAGGCGCACAAGCAGAAGAGGAACGAUGACUACGUACUGGCCAAGCUCUUCAAGAAGACCGGUAUCCACAGCGUGAUGAAGCAUGACUCCAUCAUGGGAGGCGCUGUCUUUCCCGGGCAACACAUCCGCCUGCCCUUCUCCAAACCGCCCACGCCCGCCAAGAAGCGGUUUGGUGUGAAGAAGAAUUCACUGCUGUCUCAGCCUCAGACACAGGCCCCUCCACCACCGGAGAAGUGCAAGGACGCAGCCUUCAUUAAGAAGUCGGGCGUGAAGAGGCUCUCUGUGCCGGCGGCGACGUCUCUCUUCAGCGGCGAGUUGCUGGACGGCGAGGACGCUCUCUCCUCGUCCGCACUGCUGGCCCGCAUGCGGGAACGCAACCACAUCAGCCGCCCCGUCGACCCGGCCGCCAAUCCCGGGCAGGAAGAGGAGGAGCUGGAACAGGAAGUGACCUCGGGGCCUCGGCCGGAAAGCACGGAGCACGACGAGCUGCUGUCGGAGCUGCUGGCGUUCGUGGCGUUCGGCGCGGCGGUGGACGGUCAGGCGGGGACGCGGGAGCUGCUUGACCGCUUCACGCCACGACUCACGGCCGCCCAGACGCCCGUAUUCCGCCAGCUGCUCCGCUGUCUCUGCACCUUCAGCAGGGAGGGGGGGGGGGGGCACCUGGAGACUCAAAGCCCCGUACCGCUGACACACACACACACACACACACACACACACUUAUAUACACACACACACACACACACACACACACACACAGGGCACCUGGAGACUCAAAGCCCCGUACCGCUGACACACACACACACACACACUUAUAUACACACACACUUAUAUACACACACACACACACACACACAGGGCACCUGGAGACUCAAACCCCAGUACCGCAGACACACACACACACACACACACACACACACACCUUAUACACACACACACACACAGGGCACCUGGAGACUCAAAGCCCUGUACCGCUGACACACACACACACACACACACACACACACACAGAGCUCCUGUAGACUCAAAGCCCCGUACCGCUGACACACACACACACUUAUACACACACACACACACACACACACACACACACACACACACACACACAGGGCACCUGGAGACUCAAACCCCAGUACCGCUGACACACACAGCCACACACACACACACACACACACACUUACACACUCUCACAUAUAUACAUACACACACACACACACAUACAUACACACACACACACACCUGUCUUAAGACUGCUGCUCAGGGGCUUCUAUCUGGGAUCUACUUGAAAUGAGCUGUGUUGUGUGUGUGUGUGUGUGUGUGUGUGUGUGUGUGUAUGUGUGUAUGUGUGUGUGUGUAUAUAUGUGAGAGUGUGUGGAAGGACCGCAGCCUCCAGACACCUCACUGAGCAUGCUCACACUGUGUCCUGUUCGGUCAUAACUCAAGCCCUCUGGACAAGGUGUGUGAUGUGAGGAUUGUGUGUGUGUGUAUAUGUGUGUGUGUGGACUCUGGCGACACAUAGUUGGACGCGCCAAUUUCCCAACGGCGUUCCCAACGGCAUUUCCAGAAGCAUUCCCAAAUGGCGUCCUAGAGGCAAUCCCACAUAUUUCAAACACUCCACGUGUGGGGUCGGGGGAUUCCCUGCUCUGAAGUGCCCAAGUGUGUGUGUGUGUGUGUGUGUCUGUGUGUAUGGGGACCUGUGAACACACUGAUCUACCUCUGCCUGCUGCCAGCACUGACGCCUCACUCCAACACACACACGCACACACGCGCGCGCGCCAUGCAGGGCAGAUGGCUGUGUAGUAUUGACGAUUAAAGCAACUUUGUAGA